GGAAGUUCCUCUCGCUCUUGCUAUUGUUUUUGCACGUCUGUGGUCAUUUUUCUGUUUAUCUGUUUAGGUAAGUAAAUAUUAACUUUUAUUGAAGUUCAUUGCAACAAUUUUCUAUUUAUGAAAUAUACUCAGAUGACCAUGGAACCAUUCAGCAUCAUGUAAGAAAAAUAUGGUCAGCCUAAACAUUAAUAUUCAUUCUGGUCACAUCAGAUUACACUACCUUUCUUUUAAAGAAUGAGCCAAUGGGUCAUAGGGUUGACUAGUUCUAUAGAUAGUUGCAAAGGUGAGGCCAAAAGCAAAGUCUUUCUUACCAAUACUCAGAACUUUAAUUUCAGAUGAUUGUGAUAAGCCCUUUAUUGGCAUAAAUGUAAAGUAAUGCUAUAUCUUUAUGACAAUCUUAAACAUGAAAAUGCCUUCCAGAUGAAAACAGCAUUAACUGAAUAUUUUGCUUUUGCAACAGGGUGUGAGUGGAAAAAAAUCUAUAACAUUUAUUUUAAAAAGUUAACAGUGGUACUCAGCUGAGUUGGUUUUUGCUAUUCUGUGGAUAAAUGAGAAAUCUGCUCGGAAAGAAACAGGAAAGGAACUUCUGGUAUCACACUAGCAAAUGAUGAUAAUGUGCAGAAUAACACAUUACAUUCCCUCUGAUAUGGUUUGGUUCUUUGGCAUUUGCAUAGAUUAUGUUUCAUGUCCUGAAAACCAACUGCCAAUUUUUAUUUAAAACUUUAAAUAACUUUAACUUCACAAAUUGAAUAAAUAUAAACAAGUUUUGUCUGUUUGGGGGCUUGUAACGUUCAUUGCUUUUGAGAGUAUAGUAUUCUUACAAUACAUAAAGUGUUCCCCCUGGAAGAAUGUUUGGCUGCAUUUUUAUUUAUUUACGUUUCUAUGCGUCCAUCUCCUCUACAAGAUAACUCCGGGCGGCAUUAAUUCUCGGUCCCUCAGGUUUGCGCCUUCUAAAUCAAAAUAGCCAGUUAUAUACACUGCAACACAAGGCUCGCUCGUUGACAAAGGUGAAAGGAAUCUUAAUAUGUACCAAUAAGGUUAAGGCAGAGACAGUAAAACGAAAGAGAAACUGGGAAAGUGCUAGCAAGGAAAUCGCCGUCUCUAAGUACUCCUACCCACCUCCCUUUCGAAACGGGAGACUUUCCCCCCCCUGCGGAGCACACCCACCAAACGCAGCAAAAAAAAAAUCGAGCCCGGAGGAACCUCUCGGCUGACCCAAGCAGAGUGGGAGGAAUGCGAUUUCUGACCAAUCAGCACCGCCUUAGUCUUCGCGUGAGGAAGAGCAAGAGAACCAAUGGGGAAGCGGUGGCGCGGCUCCACCGCCGUUCUUCACUUGGCCGAGAAGUUGCCGGUGCAGGAAUGGGAAUCCGGCCGUGAGCGGCCUUUCGCAGUCGGCGGCGGCUCACCCCUCGCGUCAUGCUCAUCACGCUGUGCUACUUAUACCUGUGGGCGCGCUGGAGGCCUUGUUCCGCUGGGCUCAUCCGGCGCACAGUGCGCCGGCUGUACCGAACCAGGUGUUCGUUUACGUUCUGCUCUUCCUCCGGCUGCGGCUCCUGCUCCAGCUUCGGGUGUACUCGCUUCACGUUGCACCAGCAGGUCCCCCACCUUCCGCUUUGCAAACAGGAGGUGCCCGGCCUCUCCGACGAGGUCGUUUACCUCAGGGUGGGCGACAAGGUUUUCUUCACUGGCGAGACUCAGUCCCUUGAUGAUUUAAACAAAUGGACAUUAUUUAUUGUAUCACAUUUUAAUUAUUUGGAACAAGUAGUUGAAGAUGAACAUAUUACAUUUGUAACUGAAGGUAUUUUCAUUCAAACAAGUAGUUCACAAGCUAUAACUUGCUCAGCAAAUAAGAUUGUGAAAUGGUCAGAUUUUUGUUCUCCUUUGGCCUUUAAAACUGGAAAGCCUUACAUAUUAUUUGCUGAAGCCAGCAUAGAUAAUUUUAGUAGCCUUGGGAUAGCAUUCUUGGAAAACAGACUCCAAAUGGAUAAUGGAAUGGUGCCUCAAAAAAUUGUCUCUGUGAACCUGAAGAAAUCGGCCUUGAAAGAAUUAAAACUGGCUCCAGGUACCAAAGAGGAGGAGAAGUCUGGUCAUAUACAGACUAGUGAACUGCCACAAGACUCACUUUUUGAAAAUAUUGAUAAAUCUCAGGUGGAAACUGCUGAAUUUACAGGAAGUGGUGAUCAAGAAAUGCACCAAGAGAAAUGCAGACUGCAGAAAACAAAUGGAUAUCAUGAGGAAUCUGAGCAAUUAUCUGAAAAGGAAGGAGAUGCUUCAGAACAUCAUCACCUACAUCUUUCAAGCUGCCAUGAAUGUUUGGAACUGGAGAACAGUACAAUUGAGUCAGUUAAAUUUGCCUCAGCAGAAAACAUCCCAGAACUUCCGGAUGAUUAUAGUGGCAGUGUAGAAGAAGUUAGUGGUGACUAUAUAACAGGAAAUAUGCAAAGAGUAAACUUGACUGGAAAGCCUCCUAAUAUUUUAAUUUAUCUUGGGUCUGAUUCUAAAAAAAUAAAAUUUGAAGAAAUAAAAUCAAUCAUCAUGGAUUGUGUUGAUAUUAAUGCUUACACCAUCUACCAGUUGUUAGAGAAACAAGUUCUGACUGUUCCUUGGGUUGACAAUGCAUUGCUUCUGAUCAUUGCUGAAUCAGAACCCAUUUCAGAUGCUGUGUCUAAACAAUUUCUAGCUUUCAUGUCAAAAGGUGGGAAGAUUUUGGGACUUUCUGCCUCUUUCACAUUUGGUGGUGUAAAACUAAAGAGUAAGAAUGAAAUAAUGGACACUAUACGAACAGUAGUUUUUUCAAAAGAUAACAAUGAAAUUAAAUUAAAUGCUCUUGCUAGUGGAAAAAUUUUUGAAGUGGACAUUUCAGAAAAACUUAAUCCCAUAAAGCCACUUGGUUAUUUUGAUGGUCCAGAUAAAGAUAUGAUGAUUGUUCAUUUAUCAUAUGGAAAUAAUGGAGGAGAAGCAAUUCUUUCUCAGGCACAUUUGGAAGUGAAUAUCAAAAGUUUAUGUCGACCUAAGGAUGACUUCAAUCUGCUCAAAAUAAGCAACACCAAAAGAUAUGAUGUACUUGUUGAAAUCCUGAAGCUAUUGGGGUUGAGCUGUGAAUUAAGUACUAUUCCUUCUUUAACACCCCUCUAUCUACUUUCAUUUGAUAAGAUUCUCCACAAUACUUUUUUAGAAUGGCUCAGAAGAAAUACAAUCACAGAAGGAUUAAUCACAUCCAGCAAGAUGUCUCUUAAGUUUGUAUCAUCUUGCACUGAAAAUAUGGAAAUAACACCUUUGCUCAUUCCAGUAGUUACUGAUACAGAAGCAUUCUCAUCUGAAAAUUUUAGUUUUGAGAGAUAUAAACAAAACCUUGGUUCCAGAAUCUUGGGGAAAAUAGUCUUGUUUUCUGAAGUUACAUCAACUACAAUGAAUCUUCUUGAUGGAUUGAUGUACAAGACGCCACAGAAAAUGGGUCUUAUAGCAAUUUCAGUUCAACAAAUUCAGGGAAAGGGACGAGGUGGAAAUACCUGGUUGAGUCCUGUGGGAGCUGCUCUAUCACAUUGCAUGUUAUCAUUCCUUGAGUUCAAAAUUGGGCCAAAGGAUUCCAUUUAUUCAACAUUUGGUGUCUCUAGCAAUUGUGGAAGCUGUUAGAUCCAUACCUGGGUAUCAGGAAAUAGAUCUUCGGUUGAAAU